AUGGAUAUAGAUGAAAUAAUUAUGUGCGGAAUGUUUUUAACUAUUCUUGGCCUUUCUCAUAUUACUAAUAGAACAUCAAAGAGUCAUCAGAGAACAUCAGAGAAGAAAACGUCCUUGGAGCCUGUUUGUGAUGCUGAUUACAUAUUUACACUUGUGGAUAUUGGUACCUUUGGUUCACAAAGUGAUGGAGGUGUAUUUAAAGAGUCAACUUUUGGACGAGCAUUAGAAUCUGGUGCAAUAAGCUUACCAGAAGAUUCGUCAUUGCCAAAUACAAAUACACAAAAUUCUAAGCCAUUUACCGAAGGCGUCUUUGUAAGAAAUUGUAUCAUCGAAGCAGUAAAAGCUUUUGGCAAUUCUUUAACUUUGGAGCAAGCAGCGAAUAUUCUCCUUAGUUCAAAAACUGUAACUACAAGAAUUGCUGGUAUAAAUGAUUCUAUAGGAGACAAGUUACAGGAUCUUCUAAAAUCAUGUAAAUAUUUUUCUUUGUGCCUUGAUGAAAGUACCGAUAUCCGACACAUGAGCCAACUGAGUAUUUUUACUCGAAUUGUGCAAGACGAUUACUCAUGUGUCGAGGAACUUUUAGAUUUUGUUAUAUUACGUGACAUAACAACAGGCCUCGAUAUUUUUUUGGCAGUUGAAGAAAUUCUUCAAAAAUUUAACAUAGAUUUUAGUAAAUGUUCUUCGAUUACAACUGACGGCGCGAGAGCGAUGACAGAUUUAAAGAUAGGAUUUGCUGGUCAAUUAAAACAACGAAAUUUAAAUAUCCCCAUUAUUCAUUAUACUAUAAUACAUCAGGAAGCAUUAGCCGGUAAAGUUGUAAAACUUUCAACAGCUAUGGAGACUAUCACUAAAAUAAUCAAUGAAAUUAAAGGUGGACAUAAAUUCCUGACUCACCGAAAAUUUAAAUUAUUUCUUGACGAACAUAAAGCUGUUUACACAGAUGUCCCACUUCAUUGUCCAGUUCGUUGGCUUAGUGCUGCGAAAUGUUUACAAGUAUUUUUCGCAAUAAGGAAAGAAAUCCUUCUUUUUCUAAAAGAAAUGAACAAAUCAAAAUUUCAUGAAUAUUUAUCCCUUUUGGAAGAUGUCACAUUUCUUACUGAACUCGCUUUUAUUACUGAUAUAAGUAAUCAACUUAGGCUUCUCAAUUUAAAGCUGCAAAAGACGGAUCAAAAUAUUUCCCAGUUAGUCAGUCAUGUUAAUUCUUUUCGAAGAAAAUUACAGGCACUGAAAUGUCACUUAAAUAGUAAUAUAUUUCACUUUUUUCCUUCAUGUCAGAUUAUUCUCGAAGAACAUGGCAGUAUUUGUAAUUUCAAAGAAUAUACUCAUUUUAUAGAUUCUCUUAUAGACGAAUUCGAUACGCGGUUUACUUGCUUCGAGAAACUUAAAACCGAAUUAAUUCUUUUCGAGAAUCCCCUUACAGCUCCAAUUGAAGAACAGCAUCUUGAUUUGCAGGAUGAAUUAUUUGAUUUACAGAAUGAUAUUUCGCUUAAAACGGUUCAAGAAACUGGUGUCGAUUUUUACAAAAUGUUGAAAGAAUCAUCAUACCCCAAGCUUCGAGAUUUCGGACUUCGAAUUCAUUCUAUGUUUGGAUCCACAUAUUUAUGUGAGAUAUCAUUUUCCAAAAUGAAAUUAAUAAAAAAUGAAAGACGUUCUUCCUUGAGUGAUGAUACUUUACCUCGUCUUAUGCGGGUCGCUACAAGUAAUAUACAAAUCGACGUUUCUGCCCUCACCAAUAAAGGAUUCCGAAAAUUGGAUAGAAUUUAA